AAGCACUACUAAUCAUACGUAAAAUCAGAUUAUAAUUUAGUUUUGAAUUUAGUGUAUAAGAUGAAAUUUCUUGUGUGUUGGCAAAAAAGUGAUCGAAUCAAUUGAUUUAGUAAUUUGACAGAGGACGAGGCGACAAUGUGUGAGGCGCAGAGGCUGCUGGAUGAGUUGUAUGCAACAUUUCAGAGAUACAAUCAUCAACGAUGCGUCCAACUGCUCAAGAUCUUCAGUCAGGUGCGUUGCUGUGAAUGCGGCCAUCGAAUACGCAUCGAGAUUGCCCAACAGAAGGCGGCGGUUAAAAAUGCCGCAUCUCGAUAUCAAUUCGCCAAUAAAUUGCCAAUUGUUUGCCUUGUUGUCAUGCUGCUCAUCAUCAUCUUCAUGAUCCAUUUGGCCAGGCGCUACAAUCAUGCCAUCGCCUUUGGCAGCUGUGCCUGCAUCUCCACGUUAUUCUAUACCAACGAUGAUUGCGAGGUGGUCGUCUAGCCAGAAGUGUUGCCUUCUAAUUGAUUCUCCCCAAUUGUGUAGCGUAAAAAUAAAUAGACUACAC